GUUUGCGAACACGGUCUAAAUUUAUUUCCAAAUUCUUAAGGACCUUCAUAACACCCACGAGCCUUGCGAGGCGCACUCGAAUUCCUACCAAAUUGCUCCGCGCCGGCCGUGGUGCACACUCCCGUCAGGAUGUCGCGACGAGACUUUCUGAGUCAACAAGCACCGGACAACUAUGUUGCCGGUCUGGGACGAGGUGCGACAGGCUUCACUACUCGAUCCGAUUUAGGUCCUGCUCGAGAAGGCCCCAGUGCGCAACAGAUCCAAGAAGCACUCGCGAAGAGAGCGCAACAGUUGGGCGCGGCACCACCCACAGCCUACGGUGCCACAGGCAAGAAACCAGAAGAACAAGAAGAACAGGAUGACGAGCGGUUUCAAGAUCCAGAAAAUGAAGUCGGACUAUUCGCCUUUGGACAAUACGAUAGAGACGAUGAUGAGGCAGACAGAAUAUACCAGGAUGUGGAGGAAAAGAUGGAGAGGCGGCGAAAAGCACAAAGGGAACAACGAGAACGAGAAGAACUCGAAGAAUACAACCGAAACAAUCCCAAGAUAUCGGAGCAGUUCACCGACCUGAAGAGGAAACUGGCCACGUUAACCGACGAAGAUUGGGCCAAUCUGCCAGAUCCAGGUGACUUGACGGGGAAGAAUCGAAGAGCGAAACAGAAUCUCAGGCAACGGUUCUAUGCGGUUCCUGAUAGUGUCUUAGCUGGCGCUAGAGACUCAGCGGACUUGCAGACGACUGUUCAAGAAGAUGGCGCAGACACCGCUGCUAGUGCGGACAACAAGGACGGCACGAUGACAAACUUUGCGGAUAUUGGUGCUGCGAGAGACAAAGUACUAAAAGCCCGCCUGGACCGAGCCGCGCAGGCGGACGCUGGAACAGGAACGGCUACCUCUAUCGAUACGAAAGGAUACCUCACCAGUCUUCAAACAAGUGAAUUCCAGGCAGCUGAAAUACCGGUUGGCGAUGUCAAGCGAGUAAGAACCUUGCUGGAGUCAGUCAUCAAGACCAACCCGAAACAUGCUCCUGGCUGGAUUGCAAUCGCGCGAUUGGACGAAUUGGCCGGCAAGAUAGUCUCUGCGCGGAAAAUGAUCGCACAAGGCUGUGACCAGUGUCCGAAAAGUGAGGAUUCAUGGCUGGAGAACAUUCGUUUGAAUGACAAUUAUAACGCCAAGAUCAUCGCGGCCAAUGCUAUCACGAAUAACGAACGCUCAACGAGGCUGUGGAUCGAGGCCAUGAAAUUGGAGUCAGAUCCUCAGGCCAAGAAACGAGUAUUACGGAAGGCUAUAGACCAUAUACCACAGUCCGUGGCUAUUUGGAAAGAAGCUGUCAAUUUGGAAGAAGACGUUGAAAAUGCGAAGCUGUUGCUCGCAAAGGCUACUGAAAAUAUUCCACUCUCUGUUGAGUUGUGGCUUGCAUUGGCUCGGCUGGAAAGCCCCGAAAAUGCUCAGGCUGUCCUCAACAAAGCGAGAAAAGCCGUGCCUACGAGCCAUGAGAUCUGGAUCGCCGCUGCAAGACUGCAAGAACAGAUUGGCAAUGCUAACAAGGUUAACAUCAUGAACCGCGCAGUCAAAGCACUCGUGAAAGAAGGCGCCAUGCUCAAGCGUGAAGAAUGGAUUGCCGAAGCAGAGAAGUGUGAGGAAGAGGGUGCCAUCUUAACGUGCGGCGCCAUUAUUCGGGAAACGCUCGGAUAUGGUCUGGACGAGGACGAUGAUCGGAAGGACAUCUUCAAAGACGACGCAAAGACCAGCAUCGGACGAGGACGAUAUGAAACCGCAAGAGCCAUCUAUGCCUAUGCAUUGCGUAUUUUCCCGACCAGCAAAUCACUCUGGCUGGAGGCUGCCGAUCUUGAAAGACACCAUGGCACCAAGGAAGCACGCUGGCAGGUAUUGGAGAAAGCAGUCGAAGCUUGUCCCGAUUCCGAAGUAUUAUGGCUACAGCUCGCUCGCGAGAAGUGGGACUCUGGCGAAGUCGAUGACGCACGUCGCGUGCUUGGUAGGGCAUUCAACCAGAACCCAAAUAGCGAGAAGAUUUGGCUGGCAGCCGUCCAGCUAGAGGCAGAUGCUAAACAGGUCGACCAAGCCAGAGAACUGCUUGCUACGGCGCGACAGCAAGCCCCCACGGAGCGUGUCUGGUAUAAGAGUGCUUCUUAUGAGCGACAAUGGGGCAAUAUCGAUGUCGCUUUGGACUUGGUCCUUCAGGGUCUUACCUCCACGGUGAUCGAGAAGAAAGAAACACGAUUCCCUAGGUCCCCCAAAUUGUGGAUGCUAAAAGGUCAGAUUUACGAAGACAAAGGCAUGGUGCCACAAGCUCGAGAAGCAUAUUCUCAAGGCACCCGGGCGUGUCCAAAGUCGGUGCCUUUGUGGCUUCUCGCUGCGAGACUCGAAGAAAAGGCAGGGAUUAUCAUCAAAGCAAGAUCUGUCCUUGAUAGAGGCCGGUUACAGAAUCCGAAAACCGCGGCUUUGUGGGUGGAAAGUGUCCGGGUCGAGCUGCAAGCAAAACCGCCCAAUGUGCAGCAAGCGAGGAUCCUGAUGUCGAAAGCGUUGCAGGAGUGUCCCAAGUCUGGAUUGCUAUGGUCUGAAAAUAUCUGGCGUCUCCAACCACGAACACAGCGCAAACCCUUGAGUUUGGAAGCCAUUAAAGCUGUUGACAAUGACCCCGUAUUAUUCGUGACGGUGGCACGAAUAUUCUGGGCCGAACGAAAGUUAGACAAGGCCAUGAGCUGGUUUGAGAAAGCCCUCGUACUUGACACCGAUCUCGGAGACGCUUGGGCGUGGUACCUGAAAUUUCUCACGCAGCACGGCACUGAAGAAAAACGAGAAGAUGUGAUUGCGAAGUGCGUUUCCAAUGAGCCCAAGCACGGUGAGGUGUGGCAGAGGGUUAGGAAGGAUCCGAAGAAUGCGUAUCUAAGUACCAAGGAGGUUUUGAUUCAAGUAAUGAAGCAGCUGGAGACGUUUACUUGAUGAGGGAACAGUGGAAUUAUGCUGGUCCGGCAGCCCGCGCCAACACAGGAGCAUGCGGCUCGAACACAUGAGACUUGGAAUAUAUUGUCCUUCCAGAAGAAAUGCCUGCACUCGUCGCUUGUUGGGCGUACGGAUAGCAAAGGACCACAGUUUACGUAAGCCUUCAAUGCUAGAUAAUGAGUCACGUGCAAAGCCUGGACCACCCACGUGAUCA